CCUUCGGCACUAUAAAGGAAUACAUCUUCCUGAUGACAAGCUCUCUUUGCAGUGAUACUUCACCCUUAGUCAUUCUAAAAGCAGCAUCUUCUGCUACAAAAGCUUAGGAACUACAUGAGAAAUUAGAGUGCUGCUUGCAACGACCACGUCUUCCGCAAGACCCAGGGCAUUCACAAUGAGCAUUAGUCAAGACGACGUGGAGAAGUUUCUUGAUGGCAACCCUGCUUUUGCCAAGCAGUACUUUGAGAAGAAACUGAAAACAGAGUCAUGGGAUAACAAUGAGAGCGAAAUACUUUUUGAGUUGAUCCAAGACAUGCAAGAAAGCAUCAACAUGGAGAAAGUUGUUUUCAAGACCUUGAGAAGAAUCAGGUCCCUUAUUCAUGCUGACCGCUGUAGUCUUUUCAUGUACAGGCAGAGAAAUGGCACACCCGAACUGGCAACAAGGCUUUUCAACAUCCAAGAGGGAAGUACUCUGGAGGAAUGUCUGGUGUCCCCAGACUGCGAGAUUGUCUAUCCACUGGACAUAGGCAUUGUGGGUUAUGUUGCGCAGACAAAGAAAACCAUGAACAUCAAGGAUGUCCAUGAGUGUGCCCAGUUCAGUCCAUUUGUCGAUGAGCUCACCAACUACACUACAAAAAACAUCCUUGCGACACCCAUCUUGAAUGGCAAAGAUUUGGUUGCUGUCAUUGUGGCUAUUAACAAACUGAACGGCCCACACUUCACCAGCUCCGAUGAAACACUUUUUCUGAAAUACCUGAAUUUUGCAUCCUUGAACUUGAAAAUUUAUCACUUGAGCUAUCUUCACAAUUGUGAGACUCGAAGAGGCCAGGUGCUGUUGUGGUCUGCAAAUAAGGUUUUUGAGGAACUGACUGACAUUGAGAGGCAGUUCCACAAGGCUUUUUACACGGUGAGGGCAUACCUGAACUGUGACCGGUACUCAGUAGGUCUCUUGGACAUGACAAAGCAGAAGGAAUUUUUUGACCUAUGGCCAGUCCUGCUGGGAGAAGUACCCCCGUACUCAGGGCCUCGCACUCCGGAUGGCAGGGAAAUAGUCUUUUACAAGGUCAUCGAUUAUAUAUUACAUGGAAAAGAAGACAUUAAAGUCAUUCCAAAUCCUACCCCGGAUCACUGGGCACUAGUUACUGGACUGCCAACCUAUGUGGCUGAAAGUGGAUUUAUUUGCAACAUUAUGAAUGCUGCUGCAGAUGAGAUGUUUAACUUUCAGGAAGGUCCUCUAGAUGAAUCAGGAUGGACUAUCAAAAAUGUUCUCUCCAUGCCUAUUGUGAACAAAAGGGAAGAAAUUGUUGGUGUCGUCACAUUUUAUAACAGAAAAGAUGGGAAACCAUUUGAUGAACAGGAUGAAACCCUCAUGGAGUCCUUGACACAGUUCCUGGGUUGGUCUGUGCUCAACACAGACACAUAUGAUAAGAUGAACAAGCUGGAGAACCGGAAGGACAUUGCUCAGGACAUGGUGCUCUACCACGUGAAAUGUGACAAGGAUGAAAUCCAGGAAAUUCUGCCAACACGAGAAAAGCUGGGGAAGGAGCCAAGUGAGUGUGAGGAAGAGGAGCUGGCAAGCAUUCUGAAAGAAGAGCUCCCGGGGCCCACUAAGUUUGAAAUCUAUGAGUUCAGGUUCUCUGAUUUUGACUGCACCGAGCUGGAGCUGGUGAAGUGUGGCAUUCAGAUGUACUACGAGCUCGGCGUGGUGAAAAAGUUCCAGAUCCCACAGGAGGUUCUGGUAAGGUUUGUGUACUCCGUCAGCAAAGGCUACCGGAAGAUAACUUACCACAACUGGCGUCAUGGCUUCAAUGUUGCACAGACCAUGUUCACGCUCCUGAUGACCGGCAAACUGAAGCGUUACUACACAGACCUUGAAGCCCUUGCAAUGGUAACUGCUGCUCUGUGCCACGAUAUUGACCACAGGGGAACCAACAACCUUUACCAAAUGAAAUCUCAAAAUCCCUUAGCUAAACUUCAUGGAUCCUCAAUUUUAGAGAGACAUCACUUGGAAUUUGGAAAAUUCUUGCUCUCUGAGGAGUCACUGAAUAUAUGUCAGAACCUCAACCGCAGACAGCACGAGCACGUGAUUCACCUGAUGGAAAUUGCCAUUAUAGCAACAGACCUGGCACUCUACUUCAAAAAGAGAACAAUGUUUCAAAAGAUCGUUGACGAGUCUAAGACAUAUGAUAGUGAGACUGCCUGGACUGAAUACCUGUCUCUGGAGACAACAAAGAAAGAGGUUGUCAUGGCAAUGAUGAUGACUGCCUGUGACUUGUCAGCAAUCACAAAGCCUUGGGAAGUUCAGAGUAAGGUAGCUCUACUGGUAGCAGCUGAGUUCUGGGAGCAAGGAGACUUAGAAAUAAGCGUCCUUCAGCAACAGCCUAUUCCCAUGAUGGACCGAAGGAAAGCUGCUGAGCUUCCAAAGCUUCAAGUGGGUUUCAUUGACUUUGUGUGUACGUUUGUCUAUAAGGAAUUUUCACGUUUCCAUGAGGAAAUUCAGCCUAUGCUUGAUGGGCUCCUGAACAAUCGAAAUGAGUGGAAGACCCGUGCUGAUGAGUAUGAUGCAAAAAUGAAAGCUCUGGAGGAAGAGAAGAAAAAAGAGGAAGAGAGAAUGGCUGCAAAGAAAGACGGAAUAACCUGCAACGGAGGAACAGCUCCAGCUUCCAAAACCUGUAGCAUACUUUAGACAUAUUAUCAAUGCAAUAUAUGCCACCUAAAAUGAGAAUGCCCACGCUUAAAAAAAAAAAAAA